CGGGCAGAGCAGGAAGGAAACCGCUCCCGAGCGCGGCGGCGUCGUCUCCAGGCCGUGCGGCUGCCGCUACAGCCAGCCAUCCGUCCGCUUGUCGGCUUGCCAGUCCACCCGCAGCAUGAGCGGCCUGCGCGUCUACAGCACGUCGGUCACCGGCUCCCGCGAAAUCAAGUCCCAGCAGAGCGAGGUGACCCGCAUCCUGGAUGGGAAGCGCAUCCAGUACCAGCUAGUGGACAUCUCCCAGGACAACGCCCUGCGGGAUGAGAUGCGAGCCUUGGCGGGCAACCCCAAGGCCACCCCACCCCAGAUUGUCAACGGGGACCAGUAUUGUGGGGACUAUGAGCUUUUCGUGGAGGCUGUGGAACAAAACACACUGCAGGAGUUCCUGAAACUGGCCUGAGCCCACUGGACUCCAUCACCACGUCCCCCCGCAGCCACCGCCGGCCAUGAAGGACCUUGUGACCAACUCCCUGUCAUUCCUAGCCUUCCGACCUUAGAAUCUCUCCCCGCAACCCAAGCCCCCCUCCUCCCCCUCUCUAAUUUAGCCCCCUCUUCUCCAUUCAAAGGCAACAUUCCUUACCCACUAGUCUCAGAAAUUGUCUUAAGCAACAGCCCAAGUGCUGGCUGUUGUCAGCCAGGCCCUGAGGCUGCCACCCUGCCUGGCACUGGCUGAUGGGCACCUUUGUGGGUUCCAUUAGCCAGGGCUCUGCCAAAGGCCCCGCAUUCCUUGUCCCCUAGAGACAAUUAAAUGUCCCAUUCCACUGACA